AUGAUCCAAGAGCGACUGUGGCAAGUUCUAGAUUCAUCGUGGGGAGACCCUUGCACCUUCUCGGCUCUGCUCUGCCGUUCAGCUGCAGCCGUUGUGCUACUGAAAUGGCUGGGAUGUAGGCAGAUCCAGCAGAAGAUGGAGGAAGCAAGGAGGACACAGGAUCUGGCCCUGGAUCAAAUGGAGAAGGCAGCUUACAAGUUUAAGCAAGAGAACCCAGGCACCCAGACUGCGCAUGUGCUCUCACUGACGAUGGUCGAGUUGGUGGAGAAGCCGAAGGAGGGGUCUCUGUCCCCAGAAAGUGUCCUCUACUGCGUAGGCAAAGCUUGAGAGGUGACUUGGGAGUUGAACUGCAUGAUAGCCUUCACUCAUGGCUGUGAGGAUCAGCUCCAGAAACUGAAGCAGCAGAAGGAGAAGGGGCUGCUCUAUGGCAUUCCCAUCAGCAUCAAGGACCUCAUUAACUGCAAGGGCCAUGUCUCCUCUGGAGGGUUGGUGAAGUUUCUGGACCAAGUGAAGGAAGAAGACAGCGUCAUCAUCCAGGUUCUAAAGAGCCAGGGCGACCCCUUUGUGAAAACCAACAUCCCACAGAUGUUGAUAAACUAUGACUGCAGCAGCCUCAUCUUUGGCCAGAUGCUGAACCCUCUCAACCACCAGAAAAGCCCCGGGGGCUCCUCAGGAGGG